AACGGGCGUGGUGGCUGGCGGAGCUGGGGCUCUGUUUUCUGGGAGAGAAGGGCUAUAGUGGUAAAAGACCGCGGUGGGAAGACAGGCCCGACAGGCACAUAGGCAGAGCGCGGGUCGCUGAAUGGAGCAGGUUCGCGUCGCAGGCAUGGCGGCGCAAAAUGGGGCGCGACCUCCAACCGCACAGGACGUGUAGCGCCGGCGCCGCCUGGCCUAUUAGUAGACAUCUUGGCAGACACCAUAGUGGAAGUCUUAGUAGACAUCAUAGUGGAAGUAUUAGCAGACAUCUUAGUAAAACCUUAGUAGAAAUUUUAGUAAAAGUAUUAGUAGAUUUCUUUGUAAGAAUCUUAGUAGACAUCAUAGUGGAAGUCUUAGUAGACAUCAUAGUGGAAGUAUCAGUAGACAUUUUAGUAGAAGUCUUAGUAGACACCUCAGUAGAAGUCUUAGUAGACAUCUUAAAAAACCUUAGUAGACAUCUUAGUAAAAGUAUUAGUAGACUUCUUUGUAAGAAUCUUAGUAGACAUCAUAGUGGAAGUAUUAGCAGACAUCUUAGUAAAACCUUAGUAGAAAUUUUAGUAAAAGUUUUAGUAGUAGACUUCUUUGUAAGAAUCUUAGUAGACAUCUUAGUAAAAGUAUUAGUAGACUUCUUUGUAAGAAUCUUAGUAGACAUCAUAGUGGAAGUAUUAGUAGACAUCAUAGUGGAAGUCUUAGUAGACAUCAUAGUGGAGGUAUUAGCAGACAUCUUAGUAAAACCUUAGUAGAAAUUUUAGUAAAAGUAUUAGUAGAUUUCUUUGUAAGAAUCUUAGUAGACAUCAUAGUGGAAGUAUUAGUAGACACCAUAGUGGGAGUCUUAGUAGACAUCAUAGUGGAAGUAUUAGCAGACAUCACAGUGGAAGUAUUAGUAGACAUCUUAGUAAACAUCUCAGCAGACAUGUGGAGGCCAGAACUGGACACACGGCAACGGCGCGGUGGGCGGGAGACGCCAAAAAAAGCCGGAGUUCCGGCGUAGCUUAUGAGCUGCAGUGCCACUUCUGCCAGUUGAAAUGCUAGGUUUAUCGGGUGCAAUGCUGUUUUAU